AUGACUGAAACUGUCAACGUUAUAGGUGCCGGGCUAGUGGGAUGUCUCACUGCUAUCGCCCUUGCCAAAAGGAAUUUUGAAGUUGUCCUUUUCGAUUAUCGACAAGAUCCAAGGCUUGAAAGCACCAGUGAUAGAAACCUAAGAUCCAUCAAUUUGGCUAUUUCAGCCCGGGGUAUCACAUCUUUGCAGUGUGUAGACGACCAGAUUAGUCAAAGAGUGCUUAAGGACAUGAUUCCGAUGCGCGGCCGUAUGAUUCACGACUUGGCUGGAAACCAAGAAGCCCAAAAUUAUGGAUUAUUUGGCGAGUGCAUCAAUUCCAUCGAUCGAUCAGUGCUGAAUAACAGCUUGUUAGACGAAGUGGAUGGAUUCAGCAACAUAACUGUGAAAUUUGGCCACAAAUUGUCGCGGAUUCACUUUUCGCAUGGCAAACAAAACUGCAUUUUCGUAUCUGACACUCAGGAGCGGAACUCGUUCGAGGCCGAUUUCGUGGUAGGAUGCGACGGUGCUUACUCCACAACACGCUCACAGAUGCAGCGGGAAGUGCGGAUGGAUUACUCUCAAGAAUAUAUCGACUGCUGCUACAUCGAGCUGUAUAUCCCACCGGCGGAAGCCCACGACGCAGAGUUUGGCGGGCCAUUUCGCAUCUCUCCAAACCAUUUACACAUUUGGCCUCGCCACAAUUACAUGCUGAUUGCACUGGCCAACGGCGACGGUUCGUUCACCUCAACGUUCUUUGGGCCCUGGUCUUUGGUCGAGUCUUUGGACUCGAGAGAAAAGAUCCAAACUUUUUUGACCGACAAUUUCCCAGACGCUCUUGAGCUUAUGGGACCCAAGACUGCAAUUGAUGCGUUUGAGCGCAAUCCUCGCGGUGCGCUGAUGUGUGUCGAAUGCAAACCCUACCAUUUGGAUCAAGGUCGCGCUAUUAUCCUGGGCGAUGCUGCCCACUCUAUGGUCCCCUUCUACGGACAAGGCAUGAAUUGCGGGUUUGAAGACGUCAAAGUGCUUAUGCGGCUACUAGAUAAACACCAGGGGGACCGCUCCGCUGCGUUCGAGGAAUACAGUCUCAAACGACACGAGGACCUCGUAUCAAUUAUAAAGCUCGCCAAGGACAAUUACAAGGAAAUGUCUCACGGAGUGACAUCCCAGCUCUACUUGAUGCGCAAAAAACUAGACACACUACUGGGAAGAUGGCUCAAAGACAAAUGGAUCCCGCUGUACACCAUGGUAUCCUUUAAGGCAGAUAUUCCAUACCACCUGGCCAUUGUCAAGGAACAGAAACAGAAAAAAAUUCUGGCCUACGUCCAAGGAAUCAUUCUUGCAGCUGUAACUGCUGGUGGAGUGUACUCCUACACACUGCUGAGAAGAACUCUCAAAAACUAUCACCGUUGA